ACGGUUUGGGAUCAACCAGAAAACAUAAAACGGUUCGAAAUUGCAUUUAGUGCUCAAAACUUAAUUCUUAAGUUUUUUUUAUUUAUUUUAUUUAUUUUUAAUUUUUUUGCGAACAACAAAUGACUGAAGGUUGCUUUGAAGUCCCCUUGAAUUACUUUACUUUGAAAGGCCAUACCCGGAUGAGAGGGCAUGGUUGAUUUUCUCGUGGUUGGUGGUUUAUAGCUAGAUUAGCUCCUCCACGUUAAGCUACUAUGAACGGCUGUAAAAGAUUAUCCUCACUGGGUGACCGAGCCUCCGGUCUCUACAUUCUGUUCUCGGUGGUCAAAUCAAGGAUAAGUGGACAAAUGUGUCUCAGACGGUGUCAGAGCACCACUAGCAGUCCCGCUCCGGGCUCCGACAGCGGAGAGAAACCCCAGCGACUCAGAGCGAUUGACCUGGCCCGGAAGGUCCAGCAACAGAAGGCGACACAAGCAACACCGCCUCCGGUGUCCGGGUCGCAGGGUAGAGUGACUGAGCUGAAACGGUUCAGUCUGCAGCUACAAAACGUUCAUCCCAACGUGCUAGCUAAACACCUCAGCAGAAGCGUGCUGUACCAGGAUAAAGAUGUAGUUCUCAUCAAUAAACCUUAUGGUGUCCCUGUCCAAGAGCAGUCUGGAGUCACGUCCAUCUCCUCGGUGCUUCCUGUUCUCUCAAAAAUAAUGGAUGGGAUGAAGGUGAAGUCUGAGUCUCGGCUACUCCCCUGUCUGAGUCUGGAGAAGGGCUCAACAGGAACUCUUUUGCUGGCCAGGAGUGAAGAAGCAGCAGAACACAUCCUCACACUGGAUAGGAAUAACCAAGUGCAGAGGAAAUAUUGGGUUGUCACAGUUGGUGUUCCUGUGCCGUCUGAAGGGCUGAUUGAUAUUCCUGUUAUAGAGAAAGAGGUCCCAGGUCCUCAGCCACACUUCAAGAUGGCCUUAAGUCCAUGUUUCAGAAUGAAUGAGACCGGUGAUGGGCUAACCAAACUCCGACGUCAUCGGCAGGCACAUCCUGCAGUGACAAAGUACAGAGUCCUGGACAGCAGCAAUGGCUGCAGCCUCGUGGAGCUCCAGCCUUUCACCGGAGUGAAGCACCAAUUGAGGGUUCACAUGGCGUUUGCUCUGGCAUGUCCCAUUCUUGGUGACCAUAAAUAUUCCCACUGGAACAAACUGGCACCACAGAAACUUCCAGCUCGAGUGCUCAAACGGCUCGGACUGGAGCAGACCAAGAUCCGACAUCUUCCUCUUCACCUGCACGCGCGACAGCUACUGCUGCCGGGACACAACAACACUGACAUCAACGCGUCUUGCCCCCUUCCCAAAUACUUCUUACAAACUCUGAAGAGAUUAGAAUUAACUUUUCCAGAUGACAAAGAGGAUGAAUAAAUUCUGCAGUCCCAGUUACUCAUGAAAUAGGUGAGGCUGCGGCAUGUGGAAAUAACCAUUUAAAUGAACUGAACAGGCUGAGUGUCAGCAGCUCUGAGAGUACAGCCUGGUGUUUUACUAAUAAAUAUAAAAAACAUG